AUGGCAUUGUUUCCUCCUGAUGUGUUAAACAAUCUUCGUUUAUCUGGUUUACCUAACCAUAAAUUAGUACUGAAACUUGGUGCUCCAGUGAUGUUACUCAGAAACAUUGAUCAGGAAAAUGGAUUGUGUAAUGGUACACGUUUACAAGUCACGAGGCUUGGAAAAGUUGUGAUUGAGGCAAAAAUUAUCACAUGGACUAAUAUAGGUCAUCAUACUUUGAUUUCAAGAAUGAAGAUGACACCUUCUGAUAAAAGAAUACCAGUGAAGAUUUCUCGAAGACAAUUCCCACUUUCACUGCGUUUUGCUAUAACAAUAAAUAAAAGUCAAGAACAAUCAUUGGAGCGUAUUGGUUUAUAUCUGCCACGUCCAGUGUUUAGUCAUGGCCAGCUCUAUGUUGCUGUAUCUAGAGUAAAAAGUAGGAAGGGGUUGAAAAUUUUGAUUUGUGAUAAAGAGAAACGAGUCUGUACAACCACUACUAAUGUGGUUUACAAAAUCUAUGAUGAUACUAAACAUCUGUCAACCUGUCAACGUCUGUUGGGUAUAUUGGAGGAACUGUUGUUAGGAAAUGUUUGUUGGAAAGCAAUACAACUUUUUGAAAGCAUCUGA